AUGGAUAUUCUCACCCGCCUGAUUGCGGGCUCCGGCUCAUCGCCAACCAAACAAAGAACAAAUACUCCUGCAGAGCGCCUUGCGUCCUGCAAGAGCAUCUGCAAUGCUUUGACGCAUACCUGGCGCAGCGGCAACGUCGAGCGCGAAGAUGAGGCUGCAUUGAACUACACUCUCAAGCUCCUGCAACGCCUCGAAGCCAUCCUACACGACGAGUCACGAAGAGCCGCACCACAUUCCUGUCUUCGCUAUGUGGCCUCGAGUCAAGCCUAUAUCAUAAUUACGAAGCUUGCUGUCUCCUCCUCGAAUACCGAUAUCAUCAAGACCUCCGCCCAGCUCUUCCACAUCCUCAUCAAUGGCGAGGCCGAAGGGCUGCUCGACAGCAAAUUGUUUACCAGGUCACUGUUGGAUCUAGUCUGCUUUGCUACAAUAGGGGGAAGAAUCAUUGUUGAAGAACGCCUACAAACAGAUCUGGUGGAACUCUUGUUCGAAAUUGCUACCAAGAUCAGGUUGGAUCCAGAUAUCCUUCCAGCUUGGUUCUACCCAGACCGAGAGACAACUCGUGGCCGCAACGCCGCGGACGACACUAGGAGAAGUCAGUUCCCGUUGUUCCAUGUUCUGGUACAGUAUGUCCAUCACGACGGCCCGGUCGGGGACUUCGCCCGGACGGCGCUGUUAUACCUGACCGAAACUGCGUCCAAGUUCAAGCCACUUGAAACCUGGAUGAUUGAGAGUGACCUAGCACCUCAGAUGGCUAGUGGCCUCGGUGCUUUGUACAGCAGGCUUAGCAGGCAGUCGACUACCUUGUCAGGACACGUAUCAGCGCCGCCCAUCGUCCUUUUCUCAGACCAUGCGGAGAGCAUAGCGCGCAUUGCAGAGCCGACUGCAGAGCUGCAACAGGACAGCAAGGCAUUCUUCACGUAUUUGGCUUUCUGGCAGGAUACUCUGAACCAUUGUAAGUCGGUGGAGGUCAGUGACACUUUACUCGACCACUUCCAGGUGCUUUUUGUCCAGCAACUGUUGUACCCGUCGCUGCUUGAAUCAUCAGAUGUGGAGGGGGGUUCGACCGCUGCUGUUAUCGAUCAUCUGUCACAGAUCUUGCGCGCACUUCAUCAUUUGCAACUUGUGGAUCGUAUAUUGCAGUAUCUUCUUGCUUCACCCAAUAUGCCUCAGCAUCCGAGGGACAGAGGUCACCGACGCCAGCGUAUGUCCGUCAGCAGAAGAAAAAGCAUCGAUCAUUUGAAGGCCUUGGCGGAAGUUGCGGACAGCCCGUCUCCGAACUUGUUCAACCUUCUUGACCUGAUGGUAAUGAGCUUGAAGUCGCGUCAUGCGCAGACCGUCAAUGCUUGCCUCAGUUUACUAUCCGUUAUUCUCGAACAUCAUCAUUCGCAUGUUCUUCCGAAUCUGUUCAGACUCGUACCCACCACGAUGGCUCCAGGUCAACGGGGUGUCAAGCACCUGAACACUUCUCUGCUCAAGUUGGUUGACUAUAGUGCGACAAUUGCCAAGAAUCCAGACCUGGACGCCUCAUACCAGGGCGCGCUGUCGGAUGGGCAAGUCAUUCUCGAACAGCACAGCUGCUUCAGGAUAGAUGAGUCGGAGGUGAAGCCUGCCAAUACCACUACUAUGUCCAUAUCUCAUGAAUGCAAGCUUUUCGAGGCUAUCCUGACCCUGUUACGAACCUUCUUUGCAAACGACACUACGACGAAUUUGAGCUUGACUAGGGCCAUAUUGGACCUGGCUGCUUGCCAGCACAUGAACGUCCACGGAUGGCUCCUACCAUCGGAUAGUGGACUAGACGCGGAAGACCGUUCGACGCUCAACAUCAUCUUCGUCGUCUCCGAUCUGAUUGAACAAGUUCGUCAAUGGCGGUCACAAUUCACUGAAUGGGAUCAGCUCAUCAGUAGAAGAAGGUAUGAAUUAGAUGAUGAGGAGCCACCCUUACGUCCUUCCAAUUCACGCAGCAUUUCCGGGCAGAUCACGGACACCAAAGUUGGUGAAAGGACUUCGCCUUCAAGUCUCAAUUCUCGGUCACGACCGACAACUCCUCAGAAGACUACGACGACCGAGUUUGGGUCCAUAGAUAGUACAGUAUCUACGACUAGAGGACAUCGUGGCAGCUUGGUGGAACGUACUUUGGCCCAUUCGCCUUUACGCUGGUCAACACCCGUACAACCUGAGCAGUACGAUGUUGAGGCGAAACAUCAUGACCCAUUGGUCGUACCACCAGCUCGAACGCCACUGAAGACACAAAUUCAAUUGUUAUACGCAAAAGCACCGGAAGAGGCGUCCGAAUCUCUGCCUGUACAUGCUGGCAGGAAGCAGAGCUCAGGUCCAGCACCUGACCAAAGGCUAGCGCUGCGCGGAAGUGACGAUUCGGGCUCUGCAACUCCCGUUGGGGCCCGAGAUGAGAACGGAGCUCGAGGCCAAGUCACUCUCAGCCACGUAUUGACGAAUGCCAUCAUUCUCCAGGAGUUCAUCCUCGAGCUUACUGCGAUAAUACAGCUUCGGGCGACAUUUUUCAAUGGGGUCGACUUUGGAACAACUGUCUCUGGUUAG